UAUUCAGCAAUUAGUACAUUAGUAGUACGCCAUUGUUCCCAUCUUUAUGCAGCUGAAAUCAAGCGCUGAAAUGUAACAAACAAACUACCUGCGUGGCAAAAUCAACGGCCUAAAAGUCCUAGUAUUUUUUUUUCUCUAUAUUUUAGUUAACGAAAAUUAUAUAAUAAACUACCAGCCAUUACAGGCUCAACAGGGUCAGUACUAUUUUCUCAUCUGCAUAAUUGUUUCAAUUUCAAGAGAGAAUGGUUGCAGUAGCUGCUGCGUCCACCUCGCUCACAUGCGCACUGUUUCCAAGCCAAGGUGGGUUUAGUGUAGCAACUCGUCGAUCACAAUGGACAGAGAAGAGGAAAUGCACAAGAAAAACUACUCCUGCUAGAAUUACAGCGAUAUUUGAGCUUAAGCCUCCUCCAUAUCCCUUGGAUGCUUUGGAGCCACUAAUGAGCAAGGAUACACUGGAGUAUCAUUGGGGAAAGCAUCACAGGGCUUAUGUGGAUAACUUGAACAAACAAAUUGUUGGAACAGAACUAGAUGGAAUGUCAUUAGAAGAUGUUGUACUUGUUACUUACAACAAGGGUGAUAUGCUUCCAGCUUUUAACAAUGCUGCACAGGCCUGGAACCAUGAAUUCUUCUGGGGAUGCAUGAAACCAGGGGGUGGAGGAAAGCCGUCAGGAGAACUCCUGCAAUUGAUUGAAAGAGACUUUGGUUCCUUUGAAAGAUUUGUGGAAGAGUUUAAGGCAGCUGCAGCUACCCAGUUUGGUUCUGGAUGGGCUUGGCUUGCAUACAAAGCUAACAGGCUUGAUGUUGAGAAUGCAUUAAAUCCUUGUCCAUCAGAGGAGGACAAAAAGCUAGUAGUGGUGAAGAGUCCCAAUGCUGUAAAUCCCCUUGUUUGGGAUUACUAUCCACUUCUUACUAUUGAUGUUUGGGAGCAUGCUUACUACCUUGACUUUCAGAAUCGGCGGCCUGAUUACAUAUCCACUUUUCUAGAAAAGCUUGUAUCAUGGGAAGCAGUCAGCGCAAGACUUGAAGCUGCUAAAGCUCAAGUUUCAGAGAGAGAACAAGAAGAAAGGAGGAAAAGCGAGGAAGAUGAGGACGUUACACCAAGCAGUGAUGCUGUAGAGAUGUAUCUGGAUAGUGAAAAUGAUGAAUCUGAGGCUGACUAACUUGGAAACUAAUUUAGGUUACAAUAAUGUGACAAAAGAUUUUGUGGCCUUUUUUCACAUCCAGCACUUUGUAUCUCUAUAGUAAGAGUAUCAUAGAGGUCAGUUGAACCAGCAGAGACUUGAAAUGUUGAUAUCAUUUCAAGAUUCUGUAUUCUGGAUAUCCUUUUGUGAACUGUAAAAUCUGAUGCUGUAUCAAUGAAAUAAAAAUAUUUUCUA